AUGCGCUUCCUGUCUGCCCUCCGCUCGCUGCUGCUGCUGGCACUCCUGCCGCUGCUGGCACAGGGCGAGCACACCUCCAACUGGGCCGUGCUCGUGUCGACGUCGCGCUUCUGGUUCAACUACCGCCAUCUCGCCAAUGUGCUCUCGCUCUACCGCACCGUCAAGCGCCUGGGCAUCCCCGACUCACAAAUUAUCCUGAUGCUGCCGGACGACAUGGCAUGCAACCCGCGCAACGCCUUCCCCGGAACCGUCUACAGCAACGCCGACCGCGCCGUCGACCUGUACGGCGAGAACAUCGAGGUCGACUACCGCGGCUACGAGGUCACCGUCGAGAACUUCAUCCGCCUGCUCACCGACCGGCUGGACGAGGACGUGCCGCGCAGUAAGCGACUCGGAUCGGACGCGGGCAGCAACGUGCUCGUCUACAUGACCGGCCACGGCGGCGACCGGUUUCUCAAGUUCCAGGACGCCGAGGAAAUCGGCGCCUGGGAUCUGGCCGACGCCUUUGGCCAGAUGUGGGAGAAGAAGCGCUACCACGAGCUGCUGUUUAUGAUCGACACCUGCCAGGCAAACACCAUGUACACGCAUUUUUAUUCUCCGAAUAUCAUCGCCACGGGCUCCAGUGCACUAGACCAGUCGUCGUACUCGCACCACGCCGACAACGACGUUGGCGUCGCCGUCAUUGAUCGCUGGACAUACUACGUGCUCGAGUUCCUCGAGACUCAGGUGACCUCGCCCACGUCCAAGCUGACGCUGGGCGAUCUCUUUGAUUCCUACGACGAAUCCAAGAUCCACUCGCAACCGGGUUUGCGCUGGGAUCUUUUCCCCGGCGGCGAGCACGAAGGCCGUCUGCGCACCGUUGUGGAUUUCUUUGGCAAUACGCAAAACGUGGAAGUCGAAUCCAACUCAUCUACGGGGCCGGGCUCGCUCAAAGAAGAUCUCGCCGAGAUUGCACGUUUGGUUGAGAAAUGGCAGCGCCGGGAGGAGGAAUAUUACCCUUUUUUCCAAAACACUACUACAACAACAGAAAAAGAACAUGUUAAACAGCCGUCGCCGCCGGCCAAGUCGGACCCGUAUAUUGUCAAGGGCGCUAGUCAGAUGACAGACGAAGAUAGCUGGACAAAACGACUUGUUGGGCUGGUUGUGCUCGGCGCAGGUACAGGUCUCUGGCUGGCUGGGUCGGUGCUAGGCAAGCGUGUUUGA